UCCGCCAUUCUUGCCUUGGCUGGCUCUGCUUCGGCCGCCUUCGCGACUGUCCAAAACAACUGUCCCGAAACCGUUUGGAUCACCAUCACGAACUCGACCUGGCAACCCGUCCAGUACCCGAUCCCAGUCAACGGAACCUACACGCAGUGGCGUAGCGGUAUUGGCAAUGCCUACGGCCUGAGCAAGACAUCGGCAUACUUCUCUCCAUCCACCCCCAAGUUCACCCUUGGCUUCUCCGACUCUGCCGACCACUUGCUGUACUGGUCCCUGAUAAAUGCCAGCGGAGAUCCAUUUGCCGGCCAACCUUGGCGCAUCUCGCUGUCUGAGCCUUCGUGUUCUCCCAAUCCCCUCACCGCUUAUGACGGAGGCUUGGUUCACGCCUGUGGAGAUACUUCCAACCUCACUGUUACUGUCUGCUAG